GGUUACCUACCGUACAUAUUCCAGCCGAGGAUACCCCAUUCGAGGGAUAUCCCGCUUGGGGGUUAUCCUCGUGAAGGAUAUCCUGCUUUGGUAUAUCUGAUUCCGGGGACAUCCGGGUGUGGGGUAUAGGGGUUUGAGGCUUGGGGCCUGGGUUUAGGUUUGGGCUGGUAUUUUUGAGCUUUUGUUUCAGUGUUUUAGGCUGUGGAUCUCUGGUCAACAUAUGUGCCCAUCUCACAAUCUGAACUAUAAAAUUUAAACAUUCUUGUACGAUUUAUAUACUCUUUAAGCAUAAAAACUUUUAUUUUGGUGUUCCCAUCAACUAUCUCAAAGAUUAAUUAAAGGGGUAAAAUGCAAUGUUACCCUACUCUUGUUUAAUCGGUUUCCCCAUAUUAAUUGUCUUAAAUUUGACGAAUUAACUUCCACUACAUCCAAAUUCAAGUCCAUUUGCUCUGCUGUGAGUGAAUUGGAGAGAGAUGAGAAGGGGGAAAAUUGCCCCAGGUGGCAAUGAAGCGAGAAAAAGGAGCGAGAAAGGAGACUCGAAAUCCCUCAAUGCCUAUUUCAAGCAGAGGAAGUCACGAACAGAAGACUUCAAAUGCCGGGAUCUUGAAGUUGAAAAUCAGUAACAAAUAAGAGAACCGGGAAAUGAAAAUAAGGGCAAGCCGGGGAAGGGUUCUUCGCUUGCUAUCUGCUAACGUCUCUCAGCCCUCGUCAUAAAGGCCACACCUAUAUCCGAUUUACUGUGAACCCACUGCGUUGAAUAAGACAGCACAGUGGGGAAAUAGGGAGGGGUGCUUGGAGGACAAAGAGCCGACGCCCGUGGGAAAUGGUUGUGUGCAUAUAUGGUUUUCCAACCAAUGUAUCUGCUCAUCCAUUUCUUAUGCUUGUUGCUAAACUGUUGUUCAAUUUACUUGGUUGAGUUACUACUAUGAUGUUCUUAUAUAUAUCCUAUGUAUGGCGGAUUUGCGCUCAUUUUCAACUAAAGAAUUUUAUUGACUCGCAUCAUGCUUUUGGGGCAUCAUCACCUGCAAACUAGUCUAUGAUAUAACAGGUUUUAUCAGCCCUUUUUGUUUCAAAGGAUAUGGAAAACUAAGUGACAAAGAAAAAGUGGAAUGGAACAAUCGGUGCAAUUUUGUCCUAUGUUCUUUUCUGGGUUUCAUUGUGUAGAGCCAUUACAGUGACGAUCGUACCAUUAUCUUAUGCUACCUAGUGAUUGCUGCAAGAGGAGGGAUGGAGACUUUGAGGCCUGCUUUACAGAGGUUAUACAUGACAAGGGGUUGUUUGGAAAUGGGUUGUUUGGUUCUUGAAUCCAGGACCGGUAGUGGCUCAUUAACAACAUCGUUUGCAAGGGCUGUGGCUUCAACGGGACGUGUGUAUACCUUUGAUUUCCAUGAACAGAGGGCUGCCUCAGCGAGGGUUUCCGGUUUUCUGAUUCAAAGAGGCGCUGUUACGUUCUGUUGAAAUGGUGGAUCUCCGUGUGGUACUUUUUGGUUGUUUAUCUUGUACUAUAUGUUCAUUAUUUUUGAUUUUGGGCUUUUAUCCCGCUUGGAGGUUCUAUGAAAUGAUGGAAAGCUGUCUGACCCUAUUUGCAAAUGCACUGUAUGCCAAGUCAGAGAGUUUUAUUUCAUUGCAAUGGACAUGGUGGUCCAAAGCCAACUGCAAAUGGUGAAAUCUGGCUGUUUAAUAAGAGUUAUACACAGUAUAUUCCCUUGCCUAUCAGCAAUGUUGAUUCUUGGCUAAAAACACCACCUAUAUAUGUUUUUGAUUGCUCUGCUGCAGGAAUGGUUGUUAGUGCCUUCAUUGAGGAAAUAUGUUUCGACCAACAAGGCUGCUGCUCAACAAGCAACCAACUCAUUUUCCAGCAAAAGAAGGUUUAUCUUUUGAGGAUGUCGGCCAUUCAUAUCGACCCAAGGAGGCACGUUUGGGCUAAUUUCUGCCUAGCACACCACAAUGAGAAGCUCCUUGAUGAUGACGCCGCACUUCACGAUUUUGGUGUUCGAAAUAAUUCUCAGCACUAUUACUCUACAAGAACUAGUGAGCGGACAACUGCUGUUGGAAUAUGUAGGAGAACACAGCUCGACAUGCAAGAUUGUCGUCAAUGGGUUAAGAGAAGGAUGGAAUACAGAAGAGCCAAACCUUGUGAAUUUUCUCAAACAGCUCCACCUCACAAACCCUCUGAUUCAGUUUCAAACGCUACUUUUUCUAGUAAAUAAUACGGUGAUAUUUUGAUGCUUUUCCUUCUUUGAGGCGCUAAAAGUAUCUCCAUUAAUGGUUCUAUCUUUUGGAUUUAAGAAACGCACCAUAUAUGUUUGCAUAUUUAUGCCACUUAUCACUAUCAUGAUUAGGGCAUCUCGAUAUUACUGUCACAGUCGUUACAAAACACUAUCCUUUGUUUUUUAUCUUUUUUUAGCUCAAUUAAUUGUUGGUUAACGAA